GCCCAGAACUCUUUCUGUCUCUCUCUCUGACACUCACUGCUUCUCUGAGGAAUAGAAGGGACAGACUUUAUCACCAACAGAUUAAAUAUACUCAAGAGAAGGGAGACAUCCAGCCUCGAACCUCGAGUAUUGCUCCCUGUGUGUGUGUGUGUGUGUGUGUGUGUGUGUGUGUGUGCGGAUGCGUGAGGGAGGCACUAUGCAGUCAGAGAUCCACACACACAGAGCAUGCUUGUGAGUGCGGGCUCGGGCAAACAUGAGCCUUCCCAGCCCAGAGAUCGUCCACAGCAUCAGCCUGAACUCCCGUCUGAGCCCCCCUCCUCUCUCCCUCUCUCACUGCCUCUCUCUCUCCCUCUCCUCAUCUACUCUCGCCCUGCGCAGCCUCUUCCCCGCCACCUCUCCAGCACCAGCCGGGGGGACAUCUCCCGCUCUCCGCACGCCGACGUUUGCCGAGCGCCGGCCGGCCCCAUGGAGGAACCCCAAGGCAACACACUGGUGGUCCGCAUAGGCAUCCCUGACCUGCAGCAAACGAAAUGCAUGAAGUUUAAUGUGGAGUCUCCCAUCUGGUUGUCUAAACAACGAAUCCUCUGCACCCUCAACCAGAGCCUGAAGGAUGUGCUAAACUAUGGCCUCUUUCAGCCUGCGUACAACAGUAAAGCCGGGAAGUUCCUGGAUGAGCAGCGAACACUGAAAGAAUAUCCACUUCCCGACAUCUCUCCUGUCCCGUACCUGGAGUUUCGCUACAAGAGGCGAGUGUACACACAAUCUCACCUGGAUGAAAAACAGCUGUCAAAGCUUCACACUAAGGCUAACUUGAAGAAGUUUAUGGAAUAUGUUCAGCAACGGAACAUUGAGAAGGUAUCAAAGUUUGUGGAGAAAGGGCUCGACCCAAACUUCCACGACCCAGAGACCGGAGAAUGUCCAUUGACAAUGGCUUCACAGCUGGAAGGUUGUGCAGAGCUCAUAAAGGUUCUAAAGAAUGGAGGAGCUCACCUGGAUUUCAGGACCAGAGACGGCAUAACUGCCCUUCACAAAGCAGUCCGCACCAAGAACCACACGGCAAUUAUUACGCUGUUGGAUCUGGGCGCCUCUCCGGAUUACAAGGACAGUCGUGGCCUGACUCCUCUGUAUCACAGCUCUAUGGUGGGGGGCGACCCGUACUGCUGCGAGCUCCUGCUGCAUGAUCACGCUCAGGUGGGCUGCAUGGAUGAGAACGGCUGGCAGGAGAUACACCAGGCGUGUCGUCACGGAUAUGUGCAGCAUCUGGAACACCUGCUGUUCUACGGAGCGGACAUGAGCGCUCAGAAUGCUUCUGGAAACACUGCCCUGCACGUGUGUGCUCUCUAUAACCAGGAUAGCUGCGCACGAGUGUUGCUGUUCAGAGGGGCGAAUAAGGAGAUUAAGAACUACAACAGCCAAACUGCCUUCCAGGUGGCUAUUAUAGCUGGAAACUUUGACCUGGCAGAAAUUAUAAAGACUCACAAAGCAUCAGAUGUUGUGCCUUUCAGGGAAACCCCUUCCUACACAAAUCGCCGGCGCGUGACCGGAGGCGACUCGCUGACAUCAUCACGCUUGCUGCCUCGCUCCGCCUCCGACAACAAUCUGAACAACGUGGCUGACACAGGCCCCGCCCACUCGCCCGUGCCAUCUCUGAGGAGCCUGCCCCCUCUGGCGCACACUGGGAUCGACGCGGCGGCCGACGGCAGCCUGCAGAGCACAGGCAGCUCGCUCUCCUCACACUCCCGCUCACCCUCCCUCCAGCGCAUCAGUCAGGAGCCCGGCACGCAAGCAGUACGCCGACACACGCCCCUCACGCACUCCCACAGCCGCGGACGCCUCAG